CCCCCUCCACUGAGAUCCAGAGGGAAGGAGGAGCAGGUCAGAAAUAUGGAGCUUGUGCUUUAUGCCCAUGGAGGCAGCAUCUUGCUGCUGGUGCUACUACCUUGCUUCCUGCCAGCAGCUGGGCAAGUGGCCAUCAAGUUACCCCUGAAGAACUGCCCAGGAACCUGCUCGCCCCCGGGAUACAGAGCCAAACGUUCAGUGGAGAAAGGCACAGAACAGGACACCAAUUUCCUGGAUAUGAUAGACAACCUUAGGGGAAAGUCUGGUCAAGGGUAUUAUGUGGAAAUGAGGGUGGGCACUCCCCCCCAGACGCUAAAUAUUUUAGUGGAUACCGGCAGCAGUAAUUUUGCUGUGGGCGCUGCUCCUCACCCCUUCCUAAAGAGAUAUUAUCACCGCCAACGCUCCAGAACAUACAGAGACGUUCGAAGAGGGGUAUACGUUCCGUACACCCAGGGGAAGUGGGAAGGUGAGCUAGGCACAGAUUUGGUGACAAUUCCACACGGCCCCAACGUUACUGUCACCGCCAACAUUGCUGCCAUCACUGAUUCUGACAAAUUCUUUAUCAAUGGAUCUAACUGGGAGGGUAUCCUGGGGCUUGCAUAUGCUGAAAUUGCAAGGCCAGAUGACACCCUAGAACCAUUCUUUGACUCCCUUGUGAAGCAGACCAGAGUACCUAAUAUUUUCUCCCUUCAGUUGUGCGGAACAGGAUUCCACAUUAAUGAAAGUGACACAAUUGCCUCUGUGGGAGGAAGCAUGGUAAUUGGCGGCAUUGACCAUUCUCUGUAUAUUGGCAGUAUCUGGUAUACACCAAUUAGAAAAGAGUGGUAUUACGAGGUCAUCAUAGUGAAAAUUGAAAUCAACGGACAGGACCUACACAUGGACUGUAAAGAGUACAAUUAUGACAAAAGCAUUGUAGAUAGCGGCACCACGAACCUACGUCUACCAAAGAGAGUGUUCGAUGCAGCUGUAAAAUCCAUUAAAGCAGCAUCCGCGACUGAGAAAUUUCCUGAUGGCUUCUGGAUGGGGGAGCAGUUGGUCUGUUGGCAGGAGGGCACCACCCCAUGGCACAUAUUCCCUGUAAUUUCCUUAUAUCUAAUGGGCGAGGUUGCUAAUCAGUCUUUCAAGAUCACAAUCUUGCCACAGCAAUAUUUGCGUCCGGUGGAAGACAUUGCCACAGCUCAGGAAGAUUGCUACAAGUUUGCAGUGUCCCAGUCCACUACUGGAACCGUCAUGGGUGCUGUCAUUAUGGAGGGCUUUUAUGUUGUGUUUGACCGUGCCGAUAAACGCAUCGGAUUUGCUGUUAGCGCCUGCCAUGUGCAUGACUAUUUCCGGAUGGCUUCUGUGGAAGGCCCAUUUUUUGCGUCUGACCUUGAGGACUGUGGUUACAACACACCGCAGCUGGAUGAGUCAGCAUUGAUGACGACAGCUUAUGUGAUGGCCGGUGUCUGUGCACUCUUCAUGCUUCCUCUCUGCCUCAUGCUAUUUCAGUGGCGCUGCUUCCGCUGCUUAAAACGGGCAAGAGACGAUUUGGCCGAUGACAUCUCUUUGCUAAAGUGAAACAGUUUCUGCUUCCACUCAAGAAGCAGCAGCAUUUGAUGACCUAAUGGAGGGGACCUGUACAACCUGAGCACCUUCCGCUAAUACAAUUCUAACAAGAACUGCCAACUGGUGCAAUAGGGAGGUAGCAAGACAAACAAUACGACAUGAACCAGAGCAGACUGAUAAACUGCCUUUUCUUCCUAAGCAACUCAUUGAUUUAAAAGGCAUUUUGAUGCAAAAAGUUAUAAAAAUAUGAAGCCAUAUUGCAAAUAACAUGCAUUUUCCCUGGGGCAAGUUUACAAUGGCAGCUUUUAGGAGACAUUUCCUUUAUUCUUUUAAUGUUAUUAACAGCAACAAAAGAUAGAUGUGAAUGACACAGGCAGAGCUAUAGAAAUGAGGUCACGGUGUGUGUGUGUGUAUAUAUAUAUGUGUAUGUAUAUAUAUAUAUAUAUAUAUAUAUAUGACGGAAGGAUGAAACAGAGAAAUACGGGUUAUGCUUGAUUGAGAUCAUGUUCCUUAUCAGCAGGGUUAGAAAACAAGAUGCCGGUCUUUGGACUUUUUUCUGCGGACAUCAUUUGGAGUGGUGGUACAAAGAACUCCUGUGGAGCAUUCAUGAAAAUAAUUUGCCUGCCUGUUAACUCAAGGGUAAUUUUAUGGAGUUCAAAGGUUUAAAUGAUACCAAAAAAAUACAAGGAUUUAAGAAACUAAAGAAUGUCCAUAUGAAUAAAUAGAGUAACACAUUCCAUGAUCUGUGUCAUAGAGAAUGUAAAAACAAAUCUUAAUUUCUGUGAUGCUAAUAUGCUCUAGUUAUGUAACUCAGAGUAAGGAAAACACUAUUUUUUAACCCAGUCCUCCCUAUUAUGACCAAAGGAAAUGUAGCUAGUUGUAGG